CCUUCCACCCCUCGCUCCCACGGCACUCCAGGGUGGGGAUUUCCAAAGAUUCACCGCCUUCUCUGUGCAAAUAUUUAAUUUAAUGUCCUAUGCCGUACUCUGAGACCGCAUCCUCUUGUUUUAAAUUCUUCCACGAGCGGAGACCUUCCUUCAUCCAGCCGGUUGAAAUCUUAGAAUUUUGUUUAAUGACUCCAAGAAAACCAGACUUGAGUAACAGUUCCAGAAAGAUAAAGGACAAUGCUGCGGAUUGGCAUAACCUCAUACUGAAAUGGGAAACUUACAACAAUGAAGGAUUCUCACUCGCAAAUAAAAUUGUUAACAUUAAACUGAACCACAAGAGUGGUGAAACCAGACAGGAAAUAUCUGAUGAUGAUUUUACUGCUCAUCAUGAAAAGGCUACUUUGGAAUACAAUAAAGAACUUGAGGAACAUUGCACUGAAUUACUUUAUUUCCUUGACAAAAUGAAUAAAUUGGUAUUGAAGAUGGAAAAGCUUUGUGCUACUAUGAAAGGAAUAAAUGAUCUUGACACUUAUCACUAUGGUGAAACAGGAAGAUCAAUACCUCUAUUUCACACAUGGCCCACAAAAUAUUUCUAUAUAAUCUCUGCUGAGUUACUGGAGAUGUACAAAAAAGAACUGCAGCUAAAGAGUAUAAUUGUUCAAGAGAUCGCCCACACUAAUAGCUGUGAUCUUAUGAUGGUUCAGCUAUCUUCUUGGCUGUACCAGCCUUACAUAGAAGAAAGGGCCAGAUUCCUUAUUGAAAGUAUGCUGCUGGAAACAGGACACAGAGCUCUAUAACAUAAUUGAAAAUUAUUACAAAAUAAUUGUCAUAAACAAACCACCUAUUUAUAGAAUUUUGUAACUUUGAAUUUAAUAAACAUGUUUGUUUAUUAAAAUUAGCUUAUCACAACUAAACACCUACCAAGGCUUACCCAAGAUUGUUUAGCUAAACUUUUGAAGACUGGUUAGUGCAUGAGUAAAUAUGAACUCCAUGUGGCAAGAAUUACAGUACUAGGUUUCACUCUUUGAUGAAAUUUUGUAUACUGUAAAAGGUAGAAUUCAGUAGACAAUGAGUAUGACAAACGACAAAGAAAAUAUAUUUAUUUAUUUCUUUUUUUAAGAAACUCUUGAAAUACUUGUGCUGAAAAAUAAUUUUGUUCAAAUUAUUAAACAAUGGUCCUGAAAGGUUGUUAAUGAUUUGUCUUGCACUCAAGCGAUGGAAAAACAAAGAGCAAAACUGCAAAAUAAAAGUGGCUUUUUAAAAAAAAAAUCUGUUCCAUAUAUUGCUAAUAUUUAACGGAGCUUGAUGGUGGCUUUAUAGGUUUAUCAUCCUAUUAAAGGCAGCUUUUCAAAAAUAUAGACCCAUGUUGCCAAAAAAAACCCACAUGGUCUACAUAAAAUUCUACAGCAAAUAUUUAUAACAGUUUAACAAUGGUGCAUAAUACAGUGUACAAACCAAACUUUGGCCUGUUACAAAGCUGAUCCUUGACAGAGAGCAGUUCCAUUUUGUAAUAACCUUAAAAAUAUCAAAUAUUUUAAGUGAAAGAUGAUUUAACUCAAUCCUUUUAUGAAAUUAUCAGAUGACUGUAACCAUCAUCCAAUUACUUGACAUUUAAUCAUCCCAAAUUAAGGCAACAAAACUGUCUGUCAAGAUUACAAUGUACUGAUAAGUCAAAGACAUUACAAAAUACUUUGUAUAUUAUAAUUAAAAAUAGAAAAUAAAUUCCAUUUUCUGCUAUUUUCAAUCUUUAAAUAGUUUCAUUAUUUACAAUAGUCAAAUUACAAGCCUUUGAUAAAGAUUUGUUAUAUACUAACAAAACUAGAAACUACUAACAUGCACAACGGCUUUAAUACAUAUUUAAUUAACAGCCUACCAUGGGUAAUAAGCACUAUAUACAUAGCAUAGCAAUGUAACUUUCCCAUUUUCACAUUCUUGCAAACUUAUACAAAAAACAGCAUGUUUCACAUUAGAUGCAAGAUUCAAAUCAGAAUUUGGGGAGGGGAAGGAUAUGUCUACUAGGCAUAAUUGAAAACAUGCUGCACAAGGGAAGUGACUCAUUUAAAAUUUCAUAACUAAGGCUGAAUGAACGGUUAAUUUUAAUUACAGUUCUCAAAAUUUAAAUUUAGGUGAUAACUAAUGUUACUCCAGUACUCCUGCUUGCAACUUAGCCAUCUCAUAAAUUCUGAUCCUCAAUUUAAGCUUUUGGAUAUAACACUGUAAACACAAUGACUGAAGAUGCUCGUUGGCAACUACAAAAAGAUGGCAACAACGUCAGGAGCAGAGGAGAAACGUAAAUGACUGAAAUACAAAACAAUUGUCCCAAGAAGAGUUUAGUUUAAAGCAGCAAGGUCCAUAUAUUUGCAAUGUGUUUGGAACUGAAGAUGCAGUGAAACAGAAGCACUCAAUAUAUACAAAUACAUAGCCCAAAAAUGUGUUGAUGCCACACAGUUUUCGUAACCCAUGUGGUUCAGAAUUAAUAUUCAGCAAUUUAUUCUAUUUAGCAGCUUAUCCAAUCAGUAAAUGUUCAUGAUAAAAGCACUGUGUUCUCCACUGCUUGAAGUCUAAUUUCCUAAGUGAUCAAAUUAGGUGGUUAAAAUUCUAUGCCAGUAAAACAUUUAGUGGAGAAAAAACCGUAUCCUCCUAGUACUUAGAACAGUCAUCAAGACUAAUUUAAAUAAAUUUGGUGUUUUAAAUCAGAAAACACCAAAAAACAUACAGGCUUUUUGCAAAUUUAAAGAUUUAAAUCAUUUACAAGCGAUCUAAACAAAUUUUGUUUACUGCAUAAUAUGCGUGUUCCCUGUCAUGAGAUGAGCGACAAAGAUUAAACUUAAAAUUUUAGCAAAAAUUUCACUUUUCCAAUGUAACAGAUUUAUAUUUAUUAUAACCUUUACAUGGGAGUACAAUUGAUCUUUUAAAGGCAGUUUCAAAAAAGGCAGUAGAACAUAUACAAAUGCUAUUUUGGCUAAAUAAGUAUAUUGAAUAAGCAAUAAGGAGUCAAAGAUACAAAGAAAGCUUUCAAUUUCAGUGCAGCAACAUCACAUUUUCCGGACAACUGCAGUCAAGGGUAUGUUCCAGAAAACAAUAAAUAAAAUUGGAUUUAUUUUAUGAAAUUAACUUGUGUACCUUGCCAUGCACAUUGCAACAUGGAGGGUAACCACUCUCAAAACCUUCUACUCAGUUUUGUACAAGACUCGUUAACUCAUGGGACAAUAAAGUUUAACACAAAAAUACAUUAAUAAAUGUUCAUCAGAACAUAAGGUCUCUAGUUUCUUUUACAAAAAUGAACAGCUUUAUUUUUGUACUGUAUCAGUUCACAGAACACGUAAAAACCUCCUUUUAGUUAUUUUUG